AUGGAUCUUGGGACAAACAUCGUUCUCGAAGGUGAUGAUGCGGUUGUAGGAGCCGUUGGGUGGAGUCUACAAAGUAUGAUUAACCAAGCAAUUUCCCCUCUCAGGGACGAAAUUUCGCGUCUCAAGGAAGAUCUUGCCACUUUCAGAUCCGAAUUCAAUGAAUACAAAGCUUUUGCCUACAGAAGGUACCAGAAGCUUUGUUUGAAAUUUGAGAAAUGUUCUCAGGCCGAGGCAGAGAAGUUAGAGCCUUUGGUAAUUGGAGGAUUCAUACAAUUCGUCACUCGUUUCAUCAAGGAUGAAACUAAGCAGGCCAUCAAACUUCCAAAACGAUCGACGUCAACCUCAAAGAAAUCUGAAGAUAAAAAGGAGGUUAGGGAAGAGAUCAACUCAGCCCUGGAAGUUGAGAAGACUCGAAUCCUAAACGGUUUCCCCCUUUCGACCGAAGAGUCCAAGCCACGAAAAACUGGUCAACCUGAGCCCAAAUUUGCAGGUUACAGCGCCUUGAUGCUUGCUUAUUAUCGUCAGUACCCGGAUCUGUUUAUUAGGAGGAACAUGGAGUUGGCUUUGGCUGUGACGGCCGAUGAGAGAAAUUCGGUAGCCCACAUGUCUAACGAUGACCAGUACUUGUUAUCCCUGUUACUACGCUGUCAGCGAAUCGGGCUGCGAAAUUUCGAAGAGCAGGAUUUCAGAGCGAUUCGUUCCAGUCCUCGAACAUGCAGACUACGGAUCUUUCUUGCUUUCAAGGGCCUGAACGAAGCUUCAAGAUUAUGUGAAGCGGUCCGAAGGGAUGAUAUGGACUUCAACGUCCCCAAGGCCCAAUUACGUGAACUCGAACUUUAUCUGAAUAAAGUAUCUCUUUCGGGGUUGAUCACUUCAGUAAGCUCCGUCGAAGCUGGUCGACGACUCAGUCGAUCCAGAUCUGUUAUAUCCUUUUCAGAGUCGCUUUCACCCAACCGUUUGGUAAGAUCGCACUCUGUGAACUCUUGGUUCCAAAAACCCAGUCCCGAGUUCGAUGCAAAAUUCGAUGGAUUAGAUAAUAUCAGCACCGGUCUCAAAUUGGCACAGUUCGAUUCGAUGGACAUGUCAGAUGAAGAUGUGUUGUCAUGGAAGCUGGAGCGAGACCCCUAUGAUGACGAUUUAGAACUUCUGAUGACUGGCGAAGAAAGUUUUCCCGUUGACCCUUCCUCGACUUUCAAUUUUUCGAUCUCAGAAACCGAUCAACUAAAUCCUUAUGCCUCUAACUUCUUGCCGAAUCCAGCCUUCCAACCUCAAGUGCCAAUGCCCUUAUCCCCACCUCACAGCCCUCCCAAUUUACAAGGUGAAUGCCUUCAAAUCUCCCAAACAGAAUCAUAUACUUUGGUCGGACAACCACUCAGUCCUAGUCAAGACAAUGACCCCGGUCAGGAUGACUUACUCUAA